GGGACACAACAACAACACUUACUACUUAAUAAUUAUGUAUUUAUAUUUGUUUAAUGAUUAUGGCCGUCUUAACAAGACUAUUUACCACUAUCAGAUCACAUAUUCAUAUCGGUUAUCCAAAAUCCAAAUAAAUCAGGUAUCAAAUAUCGGCCAUUAUGAUUAUUUCGCGGCGUUCCUGGUGUCUGCUAGUGAUUAUAUGAAUGCACGAGUAUGUCUUAGGAUCGUUUCUCGUUCAUUAAUUCUACGUUUCGGUCAAAAAUUCAGUGAAGUUCGAUUUGACAUUUUCGCGGCUAACGCAAUCCAGUAGUUUAUUCGACUGUACACGUCUGGUUCACAGUCAGUCCAGUUUUGUCGUGAAUAAAGUAAACUCACGGCCAUGAAUGACAAGAUUGAACUCAAAAAUGAACAUUCAUUGCCAGCCAAAACUGAACCAACAGACGACGAUAUGGCUUUGUCACUGACCAGCGACGAUGCAUUAUGUCAAACCAAUAAUGAAAUUGUAUUAAACUGUGAACAACCAUCGAUCAGUGAAUUCAACAACAUCAACCAUUCCAAUAUACAACAGUCCGCCAAAGACAAGAUAAUUACGAGCUCUCAAUAUCUCACUUCCCAAACUUCCAUUACCGACAUCAGUGAAAAAUCAUGGGAAACUCAUGCUAUUACUCCUCCCACAUUGUUCCAAACAAAUUCUGAAAUUGUAUUACAUGGUCCUCAUAAAGAAGUCCAUGGUUCAACAUCUGAAGGCAGUACAAUAAUAAAUUCUGAUAGAGAAAUCAAACUGCCUACAGAAGAUAAAGAAAAAUCAAUUGACAAUUUAUAUCCUGAAUAUGAUUACAUAUUUUGUAUUGCAGCUAUAAGUAGAAUAACACCAAAUAGUUCAAAACUGCUUGCGAUAUCAAAAAUUGAUUCAAACAUUAAAGUUGAUAUAAAAUCUGAUGUAUCUUCUCUUAAUGGUUAUGCAGCUGAUCAUUCUAGCUCAUCAAAUUCAACUUGUAGUCAUUUAAUUGAAGAACCAUUUUUGGUACCAAAAGCUCCACGAGAUUCAUUUGUGUCAUUAUCUAGUAGUGGUUCAUCAACUGGAGUACUUUUACACCAAUCUAAAUCCAAACAUAACAAUAUUUUAUUAUCAAAAAAUGUAUACACUUAUCCAGAAAAUUUAGCUUGUCACAAGUGUGACCAUAUUUAUCCACGAGUUACAGAAAAUUGUAUUGCUAGUAGUAUAGAUAACAAAGACUUCCAGAGUGAACAGCAAACUAAAACUCGUGCUGGAAAGUCAAGACAAAAAAAAAGACCCAAACAGAAUAAUGAUAGUAGUUCAAAAAGAAUGUUAAAAAAAACAAAACAAAAUUCUGAAAAUGUUUUCAAUGAAAAACAGGAUGUUAAAAUAGAAGAGCCAAAAUGUUAUGAUAUGCCAAUCGAUUCAGUUGAAAAUACAACUAAUGAUCCUAUUACAUUUAAAACAGGGGAUAAAAUAUUUGCAUACUGGAUGGCAGAUAAAAUGUUUUACCCAGCCAUUAUAAUUGAUAUAAUACCCCCAAAAUUUAAAGUAGAAUUUAUAUCUGAUUACUAUAUAAAACUAUUAAAUUCUGAUUGUCUUGUACACAGUGCAGCUAUAAAAAUUGGCUCUCUUGUUGCAAUAUUUGAUACUGUUUCUCAAGAGUAUAGAGUUGGUGAAAUUGUUAAUAUUAAUGAUGUACCCAAUAGUGAAAAAACAUUCACUGUAGAUUUGAAUUCAGAGGUAGUUGUUGUUCCCUUCGAUAAACUAGUAUUGGAUGUUGAAAAAGCAAGAAAAUUACAAGACAAAAUUGUAUUAAAAAAUUAUGAUAGACUUAGCAUGUCUAAUGUAUCCGAAGGAAAAAGACUUCGCUUAUCACGAUCAACUAGUACAAAUUGUAAAACUAUAAAAAAUGAAUCUAGUAAACGUAAAAAAACUAAACAAGACGGUCCAGAAACCAAUAGAAAAAAAAGAAAAUGCUUAUUUCCUGAAGUACUUGAUCCCAGAAACAUUCCUAGUACUAGCACAGGAAUUACUGGAGAUGAUUAUGAUGAAGAAAACUUCCAAGCUGCUUCUUCAGAUUCAGACUUUGAUCACAUAAGAGAAGACUUAACAAAUGUUGACAUGGCUCAAUUAAAAAACUCUGACAUUGAUAGUGAACAUUCAUCUCCUGACAAAAUUAAUCGUACAGUGGUGUCUCCUCCAAGUAAAUCCAUAAAAUUAUUUGAGAAUUUACACUUUAUUAUCUCUUAUUCUAAAUAUAAACGGAUACCUAUGACCAAUGACAGUGAUCAGAGCACUGAUCAUGAAAUCAACCAACAUUCACAUUAUUUCAAACCAGAUAAAAUCCAUAAAAAGUAUUUAGAAACUCUAAUAUACAAGCAUGGUGGUGCUGUACAUAGGUAUUUGAAUGUGUUACCAAAGUCUUGUUACAAAUGUUCAUACAUUAUUACUGAUACUCCUUCACAAACUUGUAAUUUUUUAUUGGGUUUGAGUCUUGGUAUACCAGCUUACCAUCAUAGAUGUAUUGAACAUGCUAUUUCUCAAAAAAUGUCAUUUUCCGAGUUUAUAAUAAAGAAUGAUGUUAAACCUAUACCUAAUGGUUGGUCUGUGGAAAAGAAAGAAGUUAUUUUCCGUUCACCUAAAACUGUACACUCAAAUAUAUUUUCUGAUUAUGUUAUAUAUGUAGCUUUAUCAGAUGAACCCAAGAAUAACUUUUUUUCCAGUUUGUUAAAAUUUUCUGGUGCUAUUGUAUAUACUAUCAGUAAAAAAGGAGCAGUAAGUCUGCCUUUAAUACGCCACAUGACUGUGAUCAUAACCGAUGACCAUUGUCCGAGCACAAUCAUGAAUCAAAGAAUUCCCAAGCUAUCAACUUUAUGGAUAGUUCAAAGUUUAAUAUGUGAAUCUCCUCGUCCUAUUGAUGGCCAUGAGAGUUAUAUUGCUAUAGGUGAUGCAAGCGAUUAAACGAGUAAUCGAGAAUUAUUGUUUGACGAUAAGAUUUGAUGAUUUAAAAUUAAUCAAAUAUUAAUUAAUUAGUUCCAAAUAACUAUACUUAUUUUUUGGUAAA